GCCGCGCCCUGCCCUACCCCGGGCCCUGGCUGUAGCCUGCUGGGCUCUCCUGGUGCAGGGCCAGGCUGGCUCAGGCAGACCCGUUCCUUGGGCAGGGGGGUGUCGCUGCUUUCCACAGAGGCAGGGCCUGGUGCGGUGACUGGAGCUGACUGGCCCCAGCUCUCCUACAGGCAGACCCGGGCCAGGAACAGUCCACGGAGUCCCACAUCCCUCGGGCUGGGCACUGAAUGCCCAGAGCCUGGGGAUGGGGAGGGUCUGAUGGGGGCUGGUGGCUGCUCGAGGCACAGCAGAAGGCAGAGGGAUGCUCCUGGCCUUGCCUUCGUUCAUGCGGGGCCUGGGCAGCGAGGCGCAAUGCCAGGCUCAUGCAUGCUGUCCAUUGCCCACUCUGCUCGGUGGUGGGAGGCUUCCACCUGGCGUGGAACCGCGCCUGGAAAGCAAGCGCUGAGGGUUCUUGUGUUCUGUGUCUGUUGCACGUGCUGCUGGUACCUAGUUGGGGUUACUGAGGCAGGCGAGGACCCAGGGAUGCUGUUCCUUGUGAUAGUUUCACCCCCGGAUGCUACUUCAGAAAACACCUGUUGCUCGUUUGCUUCCCAAGCCCUGGGGCUGAGAACUCCCCAGCCCUUCCUGCCCUUGAAUUCCAUGUAACGAGGGGUUCCCUCCAGCAGUCGGGGCCCUCCACCGGGCCUGACGCAGCUGGAGAUGCCAUGGACGCGUUUGGUUCAUUUACCACCAAUCUGGGUCUGCCAGGGUCUGGGCAUGUUUCUGCAGCUGGGGGCCUCUCUCACCCCCCGCGCACUCACGUCCUGAAUGUUGGCCCUACCUGGAAUGUAGAUGUCAUGGGCCAAGUUUGUGGCUGGUGCAAGGGAGUGGAGUUAAUGGAGCUUACACCAGGGAUGUCCUUGGUGAUGUAUCACUGAACCCCGGGUGCGAGAAGGAUGGGUGUCUGGCUCUAGCAUCUGUUCUGCUCACUGUGCAGCUGCUCUGGGGUGGACCUGGGAUGGGACCAGAGGAUUCUGCUGCAGAAAGGGCACUCCCCCAUUUAACAGGGAGCUUCAGUCAGCUGGCUGCAGCCUUCCCAGGCAAGCGGAAGCGUCUCCCUGGCCUGGAGCGGCCCCCAUGCCGACUGAGAGUCGCUUGGAUCCUCACUCGUAUGCACUAGUGCUCUUGGCUGGGUCCUGAACACGCCAUGCUCAUGCCAGCAAAGAUCGACCCAAUGAGCUCAGCCGUUGGGGCUCCUUAGGGGAGCUUUCCCUUGGCCUGUAAGUUGACAAAGGUCCUGGCAGGUGCAGGGGGCUGCGUGGCUUGGUUGGUUUUGCCACAUGAAAGCGAAGGAAGAAUCCUGGAGCAGAGGGGUUGCACAUGCAGGUCCUUGGACACCAGUCUUCCCAGAAAGCCACCCUGGUGCUCGGCCUGUGAUCUGGUGCAGCUAGCCAGGAAGCUUCGGUUAGUGCUCCUUCAGCCGGAAGGCAAAGCCCUGCAAUGUUUCCCACUAGUGGCUAAGCUGGAGCCAGGCGAAGGGCCUUGGCAUGGUUCAUCACCAUACAGUCUAACAACUUGUGAAAUCUUGUGGCUCACACUUGUGAUCAGCUGGAAACUCCUUCCAAGCAGCAGGAGCUUAAAGGGGAAGUGUUCAUUUAAAAUUCUUCUUGGGCAAAGAUAUUGCCUUCCUGUUGAGCGCUGUAGGGGGUCUCAGCGCCUGGUCCUUGCUGUCCUGUGUGCUGCUUGCACUUCAUUAGUCUUGGACAAUGACCGUUCUUCUCUGUCUAAUGUGGAGGACAUGCCCUUCGGGUUGCUGCAAGUGACUGGGUCCGUUUCCCUGCUAGGGUUUGCAUGAGUUGCAGGUGUUUGAGCUGCAAAACACACAGGGGAAUGUUGAAAUCGGCACAAAAAACUGUCUCAAUUGGAAAAACAAAACCAAGUCCCUGUGUGUGGCAUUAGGGGUAUAUGUUUGUCCACGUGGGAAGCGGCUGCCUGAGUUAAUUCCCCAGCAUCCACGGGGCCAGCGCUGGUUGGGAGUGGACAAGAUGCCUGGAUGCACAUUAAGCUCCAUUGUGAGGAGCUGCUUGCGUCCCGAUUUCUUUUGUUCGCACCAACCCGGCUGUGGUCUCCCAGGGUGAUGUGAGGAGUCUAGCGUGUUCUCUGAAGCAUCUGUUCUCUCCGCUCCCAGGUUCCGCUACUACCAGAACGUCUGCACCCAGAGUUAUUCCUACGUGUGGUGGGACUGGCCUCGCUGGGAGAGAGAGAUUGACUGGAUGGCGCUCAACGGCAUCAACCUGGCGCUGGCGUUUACUGGGCAGGAGGCUGUUUGGCAGCGGGUGUAUCUGUCCUUGGGCCUGAACCAGUCUGAAAUAGAUGAGUACGUCACCGGGCCUGCCUUCCUCGCCUGGAACCGCAUGGGGAACCUGCACACCUGGGCAGGGCCCUUGCCUCUGUCCUGGAACCUAAAGCAGCUGUACUUGCAGUACAGGAUCCUGGAGAGGAUGCGGUCGUUGGGAAUGAUCCCGGUGCUGCCGGCGUUCGCGGGGCACGUCCCCAGGGGUGUCUUGAGGGCUUUCCCUCGAAUAAACGUCACUCGGCUUGGGAGCUGGAGCAACUUUGACUGCGCCUACUCGUGCGCCUACCUCCUGGACCCCGGAGACCCCAUGUUCCAGGUGAUCGGGACCCUCUUCCUGAAGGAGCUGAUCAGAGAGUUCGGCACGGAUCACAUCUACAGUGCAGACACCUUCAAUGAGAUGAGCCCCCUGUCCUCCGAUCCUGCCUACCUCUCGGGGGUCAGCGCUGCCGUCUUAAGAUCCAUGACCGCAGCCGACCCUGACGCGCUCUGGCUCAUGCAGGGCUGGCUCUUCCAGAACCAGCCUGACUUCUGGCAGCCGGCGCAGGUGCGGGCCCUGCUGCGUGGCGUGCCCAGUGGCAGAAUGAUCGUGCUGGAUCUCUUUGCGGAGUCCAAGCCCGUGUACCAGCGGACAGAGUCCUUCUACGGGCAGCCCUUCAUCUGGUGUAUGCUGCACAACUUCGGCGGCAACCAUGGCCUCUUCGGCAUGAUGGAGAGCAUAAACCGGGGCCCCUUCGACGCCCGGCGCUUCCCCAACUCCACCCUGGUGGGCACCGGCCUGGCCCCGGAGGGCAUCGAGCAGAACGACAUGGUCUAUGAGCUGAUGAGCGAGCUGGGCUGGCACCAGGAGCCGCUUGACCUCCAGCAGUGGGUUGCCAACUACGCUGAGCGGCGCUACGGCACCAGGAAUGAGGAGGCCGCCAGCGCCUGGCAGCUGCUGCUCCGCAGUGUCUACAACUGCUCGGGGCCCUGUGUCAACCACAACCACAGCCCACUGGUGCGCCGCCCAUCCCUGCGCAUGGCCACGGAGCUGUGGUACAACAAGAGUGACGUCUACGAGGCCUGGCGCCUGCUGCUGGGCGCCGCUGCUGAGCUGGGGGCCAGCCCCACCUUCCGCUACGACCUGGUGGACGUGACCCGGCAAGCCGUGCAACAGCUGGUGAGCGAGUACUACCUGGAGAUCAAACAAGCCUUUGAGAGCCGCUCGCUGCUGGAGCUGCUGACUGCCGGCGGGGUGCUGCUGUACGACCUGCUUCCGGAGCUGGACAGCCUCCUGGCCAGUGACCCCCACUUCCUGCUGGGCCGCUGGCUGGAGCAGGCUCGGGCCACAGCCACCAGUGACAAGGAAGCCGAGCUGUACGACCUGAACGCCCGCAACCAGGUGACGCUGUGGGGGCCCAACGGCAACAUCUUGGACUAUGCCAACAAGCAGCUCGGGGGGCUGGUGCUGGACUAUUACCGGGUGCGCUGGAGCCUCUUUGUCUCAGCGCUGGUGGAGAGCCUGAACACCGGCACCCCCUUCCACCAGGAGCAGUUCAACCAAGCCGUCUUCCAGCUGGAAAGGGGUUUCAUCUACAAUGGCAAGCGCUACCCCUCCCAGCCAGCCGGCAACACGCUGGAGAUCGCCAGGAAGAUCUUCCUCAAGUAUUAUCCCCACGCCAUGCGGCGUGGCCGGGCGGGGGCUGCGUGAGGGCCGGCGGCUCUGUGUCACAGGGACCGUCCGGGGAUGGGAUGGCGUCUCUGUGGCUGGCCCGGUCUCUUCCACACCGGAGAUGCUGGUCCCACCAGCUUCUGUCUCUCCCCCUCUCCCUCCCAAGCCUCUGCCAGAGCCUGAACCAAGGCCAUGGACCCAAAGGGAAACCGAGCAGGUAGCCUCGUGCUGCUUGUGAGCGACGCUGCUGCGUGGGCAGGAGCAGGACCGGGCAGGACCUGCCCAUGGAGCGCAGUGAGCUGGGGAAUGAGCUCUCGGGGAAAGGACUAGAGGGACUGAUCCUGCACUGGCCCUCAGGGCGCUGGGAUGCUCUGACCUGACCCGUGUCUCCUUGCGGCUUGGAGACUGAUCCCAGUGUCUGGGGGAGGCAGCUGGAUUGUGGGGCAGAGGGUGGAUGAGGCCUGCUGCAGGGGCAGGCGGGACAGAGGCUGAGAAUGCUGAUCCCUUCGGGCAGGGGAUUCGCAGGAGGAGGCAGGGACAGACAUUGGGAUACUGUGGUGCUGGGUGCAGACCUGAAAUGGGCACAUGUGGGUAGUGCCCCCUUGUAGGUGAUGCCCUAGCUGCUAUAGGCUGAAAAACAACCAGUGCAGUUUCCCCGCCAGGGCUUCGGGAGCUCUGAGGAGGGAAUCGGUUCUGAACAGGCUGAGGGGCAGGAAAUGCAGCGGGACCCUCCCAAGCUCUUGGUCCGGGGAGGGGAGUUUAACACACUGCUAUUCAGGGCUUUAAAGAACAAAAAUCAGGGAGGCCGGAAAGCUCCAAUCCUGCUGCUUUGGUGCCAUUGCAAAGUGUGUGCUGCAGCCGGCUCCCUGCGUAUCUCAGCCCCUGCCCAGGCUAGGAGGAGGCACUGCAUCGCCCGCAGCUCCCAUCUGUCCCUGGCUAAGGGUGCUGCCUCAACUUCUCCUGUUCCCCCUUUGCCCCCCUCCCCCCCAGAACUGCCUCCCAGCCCCUGGCUGUUCCAAGGGCUGGCCCCACUCCUCUCCCCACAUGCCCUCACCUUUGGUCUCAGAACAGUGGCUCACCCACAUGGGGUUAUUCCUAGUGCUAGGGUCUGUCCGGAUGGGGGCCGGCUCCCCACUCCGUGCCUUUGGACUAAACAGAAACAGACGUUGGGAAUAUAUUUUUACAAGGACAGUAUAUUUUUACACCAGGGACCCCCCCACUAGUCCCCCCCCUUCUGUGCCUUGCCCCCUUCCCGCACCAGCAUGUGAGCUCCCAAGCAGAACUGGCAGGUGUCUGAAUUCCUCCUUGCAUCUGGUUCUGGUUGCUGCCAGCCUCUCGCUCUGGGGAGUGAGGGCUGCUGCCGGAGCACGGCUCUGGGAUGCAGUGGGACUCUCCCUCUUUUAGCCGAAUGAUUUUUAUAUGCUUGUGUAUGUUGAUUUGAACUGGCAGCACUUUUCGGAGACUGAUGCCUGGACUGUGCAUGCCAAUUAAAGACCUGAAGUCCAUUCA